CUUGAAAGAAGGUAUUGGACUUGUAACAUUGAGUCCAUUUGCAAGAAAAUUGGAAGCAAAUUGAAGCGUGGACGUGUGCGGUGUGGUUGCAGAGUGCAGUGACGGGUAUGUUUGCAGUCCACACGAACACCAUCGUCUUCUUAUCCAUCUCAUCUCAUCUCAUCCAUCCCCGGAACUCUUCUUAUGCUACGCCGCCAUUUCUCUCUUCUAAAUCCUCUUAUUCUAUUAUCUCUUUCACUGUACCUGCAAUUCGCCACAUAUACACCGCAAGAUUGAAUCUGGAGGUGAGGACAUACACAUACAUAUACUGUUGUAUUGUAUGUAUGAAUGGCAACGUGGGGUGCACAUUCAAUGUUGUUAUCCCAUGGGGAAGGCACAAGCACCCCCGGUGUAUCUGUAAAACCAGGUCUUAGUGUUAGAGGGGAUUUAAGGUUUCACAGAACAAGAGAGUUUAAAUAUGCUCCUCGUGUGGUAGUGCUCAAAGUGUUUUCACCUGCCAGAAAGCCGACACGCUUGUGCUUGUUAAGACCUUAUUGUAGUUUAGGGGGGAAACACAACCAAGGGUUGGAUUAUUCUUCACCAGCUACUACUACACAAAUACCACGAAUAUUCAAAUUCGUUGCUGAUAGAAUGCUUGUUGUUCUCAAUGAUUGGAAUUGGAAUAAUUUACGCAUGAUGGGAGUAGCUGGCAUAUUGGUAUCAAUUUUAAUGAUCACUCCAUCAGCUGAUGCUGUUGAUGCUCUUAAAACUUGUGCUUGCUUAUUGAAGGAUUGCAGGUUGGAACUGGCUAAGUGUCUUUCAAACCCAUCUUGUGCUGCCAAUAUUGCAUGUCUUCAAACUUGCAAUAAUCGACCUGAUGAGACUGAAUGCCAAAUUAAAUGUGGGGACCUGUUUGAAAACAGUGUGGUUGAUGAAUUCAAUGAGUGUGCAGUCUCACGGAAGAAAUGUGUACCUAAGAAAUCUGAUGUGGGAGAAUUUCCUGCUCCAAAUCCUGAUGUCCUUGUUAAUAGCUUCAACAUUGCGGAUUUCAGUGGCAAAUGGUUCAUCACUAGUGGCUUAAAUCCUACCUUCGAUACCUUUGACUGCCAAUUACAUGAGUUCCACACAGAAUCCAAUAAGCUUGUGGGUAAUUUGACAUGGAGAAUACAGACUCCGGAUGCUGGAUUUAUUACUAGGUCUGCUGAACAGAAAUUUGUUCAAGAUCCUUCCUAUCCUGGGAUCCUCUACAAUCAUGACAACGAGUACCUUCACUAUCAAGAUGACUGGUAUAUUUUGUCAUCAAAGAUUGAGAAUAAACCAGAUGACUACGUAUUUGUAUACUACCGAGGCAGAAACGAUGCAUGGGAUGGUUAUGGAGGUGCUGUAGUGUACACAAGAAGUGCAGUUUUGCCAGAAUCUAUAGUUCCUGAACUUGAAAGAGCAGCAAAGAAUGUAGGAAGAGACUUUAGCAAAUUCAUCAAGACAGAUAACACAUGUGGACCAGAGCCUUCCCUGGUGGAAAGGUUGGAGAAAAAGGUAGAGGAAGGAGAGGAGACCAUUGUGAGGGAAGUUGAACAGUUAGAAGAAGAGGUGGAGAAGGUGGGGAAAACGGAAGUCACAUUGUUUCAGAAGUUGGCAGAAGGGUUCAAAGUAUUUCAAGAAGAUGAGGAAAACUUCUUGAAAGGACUUUCAAAAGAAGAAAUGGAGGUACUUAAUGGCCUCAAAAUGGAAGCCAGAGAAGUAGGGAAGCUCUUUGGGAAUGCCUUGCCCAUAAGGAAACUAAGAUAAGUCUGAAAACCAUGUUCAAGAAACAUUGGCAUCAAAAUCUUUUUGAUCGUCUUAAUUUUCUCUUUACUUUUCAAAUAUAUGUAAACACAAUUAUCAUUGUUGUAUAUAUGCAGACUAUUGUAUUUGCAUACAGUUUCAUUCGUGUUUGAUCUACACACGUUUGAACGUCCAUUUAGAAGCUAUUAGCUGUACAUCUGGCACCUUUUAUGUAUUCAACGUCAAUUUUUUCCCUCCUGAACCCCUUAUUCUUUCUCAAAUCAUUGAAAUAAAAAGCAUUCACUAAGUUUUAUAUCCUUAAAA